AUGAUUUGUCCAAUUUGAGCUUGAAUUUCUUCUGCAAGUUCUGCCCUUCCUGCACCAGAUUCUUCUCGACUUCUUUCAUACUGCGACACCUACGAACACAGUCUAAGCCGCCGAUCUAUCCCACCAGAUCGCAACACGAGAGAUCACGAACCCGCCAGUAGGUAGGCCAAAUCCAUCAUCUUGACAGAUCAAAGCUGACUUUAUCAGACAUGGCGCCGUGGAAACAACCAAUACCACUUGGUCGUGUCUCCAUCGAGGUCACCUCCGAUUAAACUGUGCAUGCCAUACCUCUCUCCAGUCACGAUAUCUUGCGAGAGCACUCCACCCAGGAAGCAAAGGAGUUGAGAUCGUACGAUACCUCAUACGACGCCUUCCUUGUUGCAGUCAAUGAACUCUUUCCUCAUGAUAGUCAAGAUCAACCGGUGUUCUAUGGAACGGUGCACCUCGUGGUCCUGACACGAUCCGAUCAAAUUAUUAUCAACAAUCAAGUUGCAUUCCAUCAUUGGCUUGCGCUUCAACAUGCUCAGACGAAAGACUCGCAACAAACAACGACUUGGAAGCAAGCAAUGAUGCGAUUCUCUAGACAGCAAUUAGAGAACUUCCCUCUGGCCUUUGAGGUCAUCGCUAUCGCUCAAAAACUGAAUGAGCUACAACUUGCAGAGGCGGGGGAUGAGAUGGUUGCCUCCAGCCAACUCGACAAGGACUCGGACCUGCCUGGCGAGGAUUCUCAAGAGAAGACCAAGGGCAACUUCGAUAUCGGGACAACCCAGGAGCAAGAUGCAGUGGAGAAGGACUUAGAGUUGGCCAUGGAUGGGGAUCUCGCAGUUGAAGAGGAGGAGCUCCGAGAUCUCAUCGCAAGAAGGUAAGUUCUUGCAGAGUCAAGCGCCAAUCAUGUAAUGGCUGACAAGGGUUUGGAUUGUCUGGCAAUCUGCUGAGUAGCUGCGCACGUAUCAAUCACGAUAUAUUGGCCGACAGCUGGGCCGCGGCAUGCCAAUUAGUCGGCCACGACUCUCUAAAAAUGAGUGCCGACGACAGAAUUGCUGCCCCCGGAGGUGGUCGGCCAAUUCUCCCUGUACAACUCUUCAGUGUUUGGGAGGGUAUCAAGCAAAUGGAAGAACUGGGCAGCAUUAUCCAUGGCCACGAGAUGGGCUUGGGCAAAUCCACGAUGUACAUCACUACCUCUACGAUGUACUACUUUCAGACAGCCAUGUGGAAACACAUCGAGGGUCGGCCUGAGAAACACCAUCCAAACAAUACCUGCAAGAUGUCAGCGGCCUUCCUGCAUGUUGAGAUGUGA